UUUAUUUUUUCAUUUGGUACCAUUUGAAGAAGCAUUCCAAAAAAAAUUUUUUUCGGUUGAAUUUAGAUAAGUUAUGUUAUUUGUUAGUCAUAUUUAUUGAACCCACCUCAAUCAAUGUCUUGCACCGCAGAACAAAUUGCCGAAAAAAGAAGAAUUGCAAUUGAAAGGCUUAACGCCCGAAAAAAUGCAGUUAGCAACAAUUGUUCCAAGUCAAUUCCAACAACGGAAAUAUCUGUCAAACCUGUGUUCACACUACCUCCAAAACAACAGCAAGUAGUCGCGGCACACAGCAGCAAUUCUUUUUAUGGAAAAUCAAGUGCGAUUGAUAAUAAAAACCACACUAGCAAUAAGUCAAAUGAUUCCGACCAAAGGAAAGUCAAACACGUUUUCAACAACAGCCGUGUUAAAUCUAUGCCCUAUUCGACAAACCCGGCGAGGAAGGAAACACUUAACAAAAUAGCGCCAGUUUUUAUGCGAACAAUAACAUGCUCGUGUGCAUUGGUUUCGGAAACUCGAUUCGUAGUGCAACCAUCUGGAUUCAAUGAUAAACUGAUAGAAGUUUUUAAAACUAUUCCAUCAAAACAGUAUGAUCCUGGUUCAAAAAAUUGGACAUUCAGUAUAACUGACUAUGCAUUGGUCCAGAAGAAUGUCACUGCUCUGAAUCCGCACGUUUCAAUCGGUCCUAUUCCGGCAUUUGUGCUUCGAUUGUUUACCGGACAUAAGCAAACCAAACCAAGUCGGGCUUGUCUUGAUUGCAUUGAUCCCACAUUAGCUUCCAAACUGUUAGAAUUUCAAAAAGAAGGCGUCUGUUUUGCCAUCGAUAAAGGUGGCCGAGCCCUCAUAGCGGAUGAGAUGGGUCUGGGUAAAACCUAUCAAGCAAUUGCCGUUGCUGAUUUCUACAAAGAGAAUUGGCCCGUACUGAUAUGUACCACGGCUUCUACGAGAGACGUAUGGGCCAAAAAAAUUCGCGAAUUACUGCGGUAUGUUCCCGUACAUAAUAUCAUCACUCUUCAGGGAAGUCAAGACUCCAUUAGUGAUGCUCGUAUUCUGAUCUCAAGCUAUUCACUAAUGGAGAAGUGUGCCGAGAAGCUACUGGAGCGAGGUUUUGGUUUCAUUAUAAUGGACGAGUCUCACACAUUGAAGAAUUUCAAAGCUAAAUGUACCGCCGUUGCUCAAGAACUUGCUCGAAAGGCCCAACGUGUAAUUCUGCUGUCUGGAACACCUGCAUUAUCGCGUCCUGUAGAACUUUUUACCCAGCUACAGAUGUUAGAUAAAAACUUUUUCCAGUUCAAGGAAUACAGCACCAGGUACUGCGCCGGUAAGCAAACAAACUUCGGCUGGGAUGCAAGCGGACAGUCAAACUUGCCAGAAUUAAAUUUGCUGCUGGCUGCCAAGUUCAUGAUACGGCGUACGAAACAGGACGUGAUGAGUCAACUCGGAGAGAAAAGCCGUGAAACUGUGAUACUGGAUCCGUCGUUACUGUGGAAGAAUGAAGAAACGGAGGAAGAUUUACAAACCUAUGCUGCAGACUAUUCGAUGAGUAAAGGUCGUGAACGGGAAGAAAUUUUAUUCAAAUACUACAACGCGACUGCGGAAGCAAAAGCACCGGCUGUAUGUGCAUACUUGAAGGAGCUGUUGAAGGAAAAACAAAAGUUCAUCAUAUUCGCACAUCACAUCAAAAUGUUGGAUUCUCUUUCCAAACAGUUAAGCAAAAAGAAUGUGGAUCACAUUCGGAUUGAUGGAACAACUAAAUCGGACUUGAGAUCGCAACUAGUAAACAAAUUCCAAACAAAGGACUCCUGUAGAGCAGCGGUUCUAUCCCUGAAGGCAUGCAACGCUGGUAUAACGUUAACAGCCGCGCAACUGGUCAUUUUCGCCGAAUUGGAUUGGAAUCCAAGUACACUGGCUCAAGCCGAAAGCCGAGCUCACCGUAUCGGACAGGAGGGCAAUGUAGUUGUUCGGUAUCUGCUGGCCAAGGGGACGGCCGAUGACAUCAUUUGGACCAUGUUACAGAAAAAGCAAGAUAUUCUUACCAAAGCUGGUCUGUGCAACGAAGACUUUUCCGACUCAACUCACGUGAAUGCUCCAUGCUCUGCGGGAAACAUUGAGCCAUUCUUGGAUAAACGGGUUCCAACCGGAUCGAAGGAGCAGCUGAAACCAAAUUCUGGAGAAGAUAAUGCAUUGGCAAAUAAUGGCGGUCAGUUCCUAAAUAUGUUGGAUGAUGGUGAAGAUGAUAAUUUGGCAGGGAUUGAAUUAUAGUGUGAUGUGAUUGUUUGUAUAACAAAA